CAGUGCUCCCAAGGAAAUGAAUAAACAGCCAGCCAACAGCCCGGAGGCGGCGGCGGCGCAGGGCCACCUGGAUGGCCCAUGUGCUCCCAGGACGAGCCCGGAGCAGGAGCUUCCCGCGGCUGCUGCCCCGCCGCCGCCACGUGUGCCCAGGUCCACUUCCACCGGCGCCCAAACUUUCCAGUCAGCGGACGCGCGAGCCUGCGAGGCUGAGCGGCCAGGAGUGGGGUCUUGCAAACUCAGUAGCCCGCGGGCGCAGGCGGCCUCGGCAGCUCUGCGGGACUUGAGAGAGGCGCAAGGCGCGCAGGCCGUCCCCUCUCCUGGGAGCUCCGGGCCCAGCAACGCGCUGCACUGUAAGAUCCAUGCUCUGCGAGGCCCGGAGGGGGAUGCGAACGUGAGUGUGGGCAAGGGCACCCUGGAGCGGAACAAUACCCCUGCCGUGGGCUGGGUGAACAUGAGCCAGAGCACCGUGGUGCUGGGCACGGAUGGAAUCACGUCCGUGCUCCCGGGCAGCGUGGCCACCGUUGCCACCCAGGAGGACGAGCAAGGGGAUGAGAAUAAGGCCCGAGGGAACUGGUCCAGCAAACUGGACUUCAUCCUGUCCAUGGUGGGGUACGCAGUGGGGCUGGGCAAUGUCUGGAGGUUUCCCUACCUGGCCUUCCAGAACGGGGGAGGUGCUUUCCUCAUCCCUUACCUGAUGAUGCUGGCUCUGGCUGGAUUACCCAUCUUCUUCUUGGAGGUGUCGCUGGGCCAGUUUGCCAGCCAGGGGCCAGUGUCUGUGUGGAAGGCCAUCCCAGCUCUACAAGGCUGUGGCAUUGCGAUGCUGAUCAUCUCUGUCCUAAUAGCCAUAUACUACAAUGUGAUUAUUUGCUAUACACUUUUCUACCUGUUUGCCUCCUUUGUGUCUGUACUACCCUGGGGCUCCUGCAACAACCCUUGGAAUACGCCAGAAUGCAAAGAUAAAACCAAACUUUUAUUAGAUUCCUGUGUUAUCAGUGACCAUCCCAAAAUACAGAUCAAGAACUCGACUUUCUGCAUGACUGCCUAUCCCAACUUGACAAUGGUUAAUUUCAGCAGCCAGGCCAAUAAGACAUUUGUCAGUGGAAGUGAAGAGUAUUUCAAGUACUUUGUGCUGAAGAUUUCUGCAGGGAUUGAAUAUCCUGGCGAGAUCCGGUGGCCACUAGCUUUCUGCCUCUUCCUGGCUUGGGUCAUUGUGUAUGCAUCCUUGGCUAAAGGAAUCAAGACUUCAGGAAAAGUGGUGUACUUCACGGCCACGUUCCCGUAUGUUGUGCUGGUGAUCCUCCUCAUCCGCGGAGUCACCCUGCCUGGAGCUGGAGCUGGGAUCUGGUACUUCAUCACACCCAAGUGGGAGAAACUCACAGAUGCCACGGUAUGGAAAGAUGCUGCCACUCAGAUUUUCUUCUCUUUAUCUGCUGCAUGGGGAGGCCUGAUUACUCUCUCUUCUUACAACAAAUUCCACAACAACUGCUACAGGGACACUCUAAUUGUAACCUGCACCAACAGUGCCACGAGCAUCUUUGCCGGCUUCGUCAUCUUCUCCGUUAUUGGCUUUAUGGCCAAUGAACGCAAAGUCAACAUUGAGAAUGUGGCAGACCAAGGGCCAGGCAUUGCAUUUGUGGUUUACCCGGAAGCCUUAACCAGGCUGCCUCUCUCUCCGUUCUGGGCCAUCAUCUUUUUCCUGAUGCUCCUCACUCUUGGACUUGACACUAUGUUUGCCACCAUCGAGACCAUAGUGACCUCCAUCUCAGACGAGUUCCCCAAGUACCUGCGCACACACAAGCCAGUGUUUACUCUGGGCUGCUGCAUUUGUUUCUUCAUCAUGGGUUUUCCAAUGAUCACUCAGGGUGGAAUUUACAUGUUUCAGCUUGUGGACACCUAUGCUGCCUCCUAUGCCCUUGUCAUCAUUGCCAUUUUUGAGCUCGUGGGGAUCUCUUAUGUGUAUGGCUUGCAAAGAUUCUGUGAGGAUAUAGAGAUGAUGAUCGGAUUCCAGCCCAACAUCUUCUGGAAAGUCUGCUGGGCAUUUGUAACCCCAACCAUUUUAACUUUUAUCCUUUGCUUCAGCUUUUACCAGUGGGAGCCCAUGACCUACGGCUCUUACCGCUAUCCUAACUGGUCCAUGGUGCUUGGAUGGCUAAUGCUCGCCUGUUCCGUCAUCUGGAUCCCGAUUAUGUUUGUGAUAAAAAUGCAUCUGGCCCCUGGAAGAUUUAUCGAGAGGCUGAAGUUGGUGUGCUCGCCACAGCCGGACUGGGGCCCAUUCUUAGCUCAACACCGUGGGGAGCGUUACAAGAACAUGAUCGACCCCUUGGGAACCUCUUCCCUGGGACUCAAACUGCCAGUGAAGGAUCUGGAACUGGGCACUCAGUGCUAAUCCAGUGAGAGUCAGCAGUGGUCAGAAAAUGUUUUGGAUGUAAGACAAGACCAUUCAAUUUGGACACCACUGCGGUGGUUAAGUUUGUAUUUCCAGUCACCACUGGGGAUCUGUUUCCUUCCUGUGGAUCACCCAUCUCCAGUUACCACUAACUCAGACGCUACAGUCUGCACAUUGUGACUUAGAUUGAACUGUCAGUUUUCUUCCCUCAACUGUCUGGUUUUGUUUUAAAUAACCACAUUUGUGAGUUCUUUUGGCCAUUUCCUCCACCUCUGCCCAAGAAGCCAUCAUAUAAGUUGUGCCUCAUUUUGUACAUUCAUAGUAGAGCUCCAUGCUGGUUUCUACAUGAUAUUUACCACCAUGGUUCAAUGUCACGAUCCCGUGUUUCUUCUCUAAAUGUCUCUCUGUAAGCUGUAGAUACCUUGUCUUUUGACCUCUGGGAAAACAAGACUUACCCUGGUUCUGUCUAUAUAUUAUAUAUAUAGGACACAAGCUCUUAAAAGACAGAUAACUUCUUAAUUUUUACUCUUAACUUUUACAUUCACAGUAAAAGGCAAUUGUGGUCAUAGAGAAAUCAAAGAAAUGGAGAGUUUAAUAGAAAGCAACCACAAUAUUCACUGCACUGGUAGUAUAUUUUAGGACAUGGUAUUUAUAGAACUUUCUGAUAAAUACAGCUUAGGCAAGUAGCGAGUGAGCCAAUUAAGACUAUAGCUUUUAAGACUACAUUUAGCCGAUUCAAUUUUAAGAGUUCCCUAUUCACAGUAUUCAUUUUAACUGCACUCUAAUGAGAGGGGAUCAUAUGUCUGCAGAAAUUGGUCAAGUGUAAACUUUAUUAUCUUCUUGUAUCCUGAACAUGCAUAUAUGAAAUUUUUAAAACGUGACAUGUGUUCAUGUAGUGUGUACUUGUAGUGGUGUUUUCUGUCCUUAUAAAUAUCCUAUGAAUUCUGUAGAGAUGGUGAGUUUAGUGUAGUGUAGUCUGGGGAUUUUAUUUUCCCUUACAGUAAUAAUAUCUAAACCUAAAAUUGUUUCCUUUAGGGGAGAUCAUUUCAAUCAUUUUCUUCAUUUAUCUUCAUAGUACAGGGUCUCAGGCAAAGUUUUCAGUUCAAAUCUUAUAUAUUGUGACAUUUUCAUCCUGUUUAACAGAAAUGAAACCCAACAACAGACUUUAAUGUACAUUUUUUUUAAAAAAGAUUUCAUUUGUUAAAAAAAAGUCUCAACUCAUUUUACUGAGCUCUUCCUUUUCUAAGGCAAGUAUCAUUGCCAUUUGCCAACAUCAAUAUGAACUUUCAGUUUUUAAGAGGAGCUUGUGAAAUGUUUUAGCAAAGGAAACAAAGAUGGGUUUUGAACUUUAGAUUUUCAUGUCUUUUGUCUGCAGUGUAUAUUUGUUCUCCCCUCUCCUUCUCCUCCUUUCCCCUCUUGUCUCCCAAAGCUCAAACUUGCUUGAGUCUAUCACAGAGACUACACCCUGAGCUUCCCCUAAACUUAGCUUUAGGAAGCUGAGCUGUCGCCUCACCUGUCUGCCAUGAACACAGGUUUCUCUAAGAAAGCCAUAUUGAUGAGAAGCCCCCAGUUACUGUAGCAGAUGUCGCACAAUGGUACCAAAAAUGAGCCUCUCCAAUUGAUACCUGGUAGAGUGAGAGGAGCCGGGAGGAAUAACUUAGGCCUGGAAAUUAUCUGCAGACUUUCCAAUUUGAAGGUUAAGAAAAAGAGCUUAAAUCAAUUAGCAUUCUCUCAUGGGACUGGUAUGUUUGUGUCAGGAUGAAUGGUUUUUGGCUGUCCUCUUGCCUCUUGGCUAAAACUCGAGUCUGAUGCUGGACGCCAACCCAAUUUCUGCUAAUUGCUGCUUUUGUGAUUAAAAGGUGUGUGUGUGUGGGUGGGGGGGUUCCCACAGAUGCUGCCAGGUUUGUUUUGUACAAACUGAAAGUUAACUUAAUUGUGAGAACGGAGACCUCAUCACUAGCUGCAUGUUUUGGAUUUGGGGGCAUUUACAUUUGUGUUAAUUAUGAUUUGUCCAGGUAAGACACAGUAGCUGCUCCCGGAGCAGCUGUUUCCUCCUGAUCCCACUUCACUAUAGUUUCCAAGAUUUAUUUCCCUUUGUUUAAAGGGACAAGCUUAGCUGAAAGGUUCCAAAUUUACCUGGAAAUGGUUACGUUGUAAAUUUAGCUUGUCUAAUGGACUGUUUCCAUGAUAUUAAAAUGUACAGUCAAUUGGAAGAAAAAAAUGAAUGGAUAAAAAUAAAAUGAAUAACAUUGUUAGAAACUGCCACCUGAAAACUUCCCUUCAAACUAGGGAAAAAACCAAGUAGCUGAAGAAAGACUUUUAUUAGUUCACAAUAUAGAAUAGUGGAGCAUUUUCCACUUGUGAGAUUAUUUCAUAACACCAACAAAGGCCAGAAACUCAUUCAGAGAAAAAAAGCCAUAUGUGAAAAACAUUAACCCUGUCAUAUCCUCAGAGGAGAAAAAAUGUGUAUUUCUUAACAAUUGGUGUUGUGACUUCUUAUGCAAAUGUCUUGCAUAUUAGUAACUUAUUAUCUUUAGGACUAUGUUUAUCAGGUACAAAUAUGUCCAGUUCUGUUUUAUUGUUUUUCCUUUAUAUUUAUGUAUUGCAUGAGGUCUGUGGUCAAUGCAAAAUCAUGAUGACCUCAAUGUCUUUGAAAUUUCCAAUGCAUUUUUAAUAUGUAAGAAAUGUAAUCAAGUUGUAUUUCAGUAAGCAGCACUUUAAAAAGAGUUUAACACGAUGACUUUUAAAUGGAUAGGACUUGGGUUGUUUUUAUGGUAAUGUUGCAUUGGAAUUGAGUUUUCCUUUAAUUAAGUUCUUGUUUCCUUAUCUACGUGUCUCUCAGUGCUUCCUGUCCACCUUUGCUGUCAGCAUGGUUUUCCCAUGCCUAAAAGUAAGAUUUUCUUUUCUCUUUGUUCCCUUGGCCGUAGGUCAUUGUCCUCUUCCCAGAGGCUAGCACAAUAACUGUUGCUCAACAUAAGGUGAGAUGGCAAGAUCAUACUACUGUUGUUGCACCUGGAUUUGAGUUGGGACAUGCUUCUUUGAGGCAGGUGACUCGAGAGAGGACGUGCUGUGUGGCAGGGUGUUUUGCAGGACCAAAAGGUCAAGGCUAACAGAGGAGCAUUUCCUUCUCUUUCACAAUGGGUAUCAUGUAGAAAACUUCCAGGUUGGGAGCAAAUGUGUGGGUGAUUCAGCCUUGAUACUCAUUUCCCCACUAAGUGGCCCUAGGAUUUGUGAAAGUGAAGCUUCCUAUCUUUCCCAGAUUUUGCUUUAAUUGUCCAGAAAGGCCAAGUAGUUUCGAAAUGUGGUCUUUGCUCAGGUCACCUCUGAGCAGCCUGCAGCCAAAGAGAAAGUGUUCUCAGAUUGGGUAUUCAUCAUCUCUGAAAAGCAAGCAGUGGUUUGACUUGCCUGCCAUGGAUUAAAUACAUCUUCAGGUAACCAUUUGCCUUAUAGGUGUAUUUUACUGUUAGGAUGAUUCUUAGUAAUUGACUAAAAACUGUUUUGUCUCUCAUUUGUUCGUGUUUUUUUGCACUUUAUUAUGGACCUGUAAAGGAAUAGGUUAAUUCUUACAUUGUGUACUUGGUUAAUGUCCUAAACGCAGGCACCUUUUGUGGGUACUGUUGCCCACGAAUAAAUAUAUGUUCCCUAAUCAGGUCCUUAUAUUUUUUCAUUAACUAUACAUGAAGAAGAUAUAUUAUGUUACAAAUGAUGCAUCAUAUAUAUAUAUAUCUUAUAGAGUACAUAUUAUAUACUGCACAUUAUUCAUUUAAGAAGUCAUUAUUCUUGAGGCCC